AGAAUCAGGCCAAAAAUAAAAAAAUAAACUUCAUCAGAACAAGGGUGGCAAAGAAAAUAACCAGGGAAAGAAAACGAUGGCGCCAGUAUUCUUUAAUCCUGAAAAUGUUCAGAAGCUAUGGGACGCAUGGAAGAUUAGAGGAUUCAUCAUUUUAAGCUUCUUUGUGCAGGCCUCCUUACUUCUGCUUGCACCGUUUAGACAGAGAAUUCGCAGUUGGGGAAAAUGGGUUAUUUGGGGUCCGUACUUGUUCGCGGAUUGGGUUGCUAUAUCUACCAUCGGAUUCAUCGUUCAUCACAACAGUUCCAGAAUGGACGGUCCUCCUAGUGACAUCAUGGCUUUCUGGGCACCCUUUCUCUUGUUGCACCUUGGCGGUCCAGACAACAUUACCUCUUAUUCUCUAGAGGAUAAUAAGUUAUGGCAAAGACACUUGCUUAAGCUGGUGCCUCAGCUGGGUUAUACCAUCUAUGCCAUUUCAACGUACCUCUCAAGGUACGAUCUUUUGUUGGCAACUCUCCUCGUGUUAUUUGUUGGAGUGGAAAAAUAUGUUGAGCGAAAUGUUGCUUUUCAUCGUGCAAGUUUAGACAAUUUCGGGGAAAAAUGGCAGGUAACUACUGCCACAGAUGGAAUUCCCAUUCCAGUACAAUUCAAAGGCGUGAAGAACAACGGAGGGAUAUUACAAACUGCAGUUCUACUCCUUGGCAGUUUAAAGAGUAUAAUCAUUGGUCCUGCUCCUAAGAAAGAAGAACAAAAGAAAAUCACAAGUACUUUUUAUCUUGAAAAAAGGAGAAGUAGUCGUGGUGCGCUUCAAAUAAUUGAGAUUGAGCUAAGUCUCUUGUAUGAGCUUCUUCACACCAAGUUGCCUGUGAUUGCUUCAACUAGUGGAUUUAUUCUCCGUAUCGCCAAUUUCAGUUGCAUCUUGGUAGCGUUGCUUUCAUUCUCAUUAGUUAAGAAGCACUACCAGUUGGGGUUGGUUGACGUCUUGCUAACCUAUGGGUUGCUGAUUGGCACCUUGGCGUUGGAUUUCUUAUCAAUCUGCAAGCUACUUUCAGAUUAUAUGUUUUACCUUGCAGUAGGCGUGCAGCCCAGCAUGAUGGCCGCUGUAUUGGACGAUUGGAAAGAGGAAUUUACAGAAAUAUGUAAGGAGACUCGAUCAUUAGUACCCUGGAGUUUUUCCUCGAAUAAGAAGUCUGCCUGCAAAAUGAUCUUCUUCGGGUUGAAGAAAGAAAAAGAGGACAAGCCCGGAUUAUCUGAUGCAGUUGCUCUUGCCUGCUGGCUCAAGAACAAGAAGCAGGUGGGUUAUGUUUAUUCGUGGGAGUUAAUGAGCAAAGUUUGGGUACAUUUAUUGUUCUUUGCUGCUGUUUCUUGCAGCCCAAAUGUCCAUGCACGGCAACCAAGUAACGGUGGAGAACUUCUCACUUUGGUAUGGCUGUCGCUGAAUCAUUUGGGUUUUGGAAUUAAAUACAAAACGUUCAAAGAAUUGCUCAAACGUCCUCCUAUGAAGGAGGAAAAAAAAGAGGAACCAAAGGACGGUCAAGAAAAAGGAGAGGCGCAAGAUCUUGCUGGAGAAGAUUACUACGGAUCAUUCAUGGGUUCUCCUUUGCCUAUCUAACUAUAUGCUUGCUGCAUUUUUCGAAAGUUUGGGGGCUUUAUCACGUAUCUUCAAUUUCGUGCUUUGUUGUAUUAUGUAAGUUGUUUUGACUAAACUCAUGUAUUUACC